AUGACAGCACAAGUGAUGAAUGCAGCAGCGUCAGCGUUGGUCCUCCUGGUGUUCGUGAGCUCAGCGGCGGCGGCGGCGGUGGCGGUCACGGAGGGGUGCAGGGAGGAUCUAAUAUCGUUUUCAGGAUGUCUUUCGUACGUGUCGUAUCCGCCGAACAACCUCACGGAAAGUGCUUCGGAGAAGUGUUGCAUGGCGUUUUCACGGGCUGUGGAAUCGGUUUGCAUCUGCUACGUCGUCGGCGACCCUCUCAUCCUGGGCUUCCCUCUCAACACCACCAGACUCUUCUCCCUCUCUUCUCUCUAUUCUUCUUCUCUGCCACCACUCUCCACCGCAUCAACUCAAAAUCUGGGAACUUUAGCUAACUAA